GCUUUAUGUAUAUAUUACCAUAUCUGUGACAUUAUAUUUGGUGUUUACUUUUUAUUGACGUAUAUGUAAAUACACACACCAGUAACACAAGGCAAAUACAGAUCUCAGAUGUUCAUACAUCAAAAUAUCUCCCAAACGCUAGUCUUUCCAUUUACAGUACCUUUGUAAAUGAAUAAGGCAGCAAAAUCCAGCAGGACCUACCACGUGUCCAGGAACUAUUUAAACUCGAUGUGUCGAGCGGAAGGAGCUAGAGGAGUUAAUUCGCGAUGACGUGUUUGAACUCUGUCAUAAGUCUCGCAUUUUGCCGACAGCCUGGGGCCAGAUUCACAGCAUGUCGCUAGGCAGCGGCAGCUGGAUGGCUAACCGGUAGCAGACUGCUGCUAUUUCAUGUAUCUGGCCCACAGUACAUCUAGCAGAAGCAGCGGGACGUUGGUUGCAUGCUCCGGAGGCUGAGCAGAUCCCCAUGCACUGUGUGGUGGUGUUGGUGGUGUUGAACUCGUCACACACUCCGUCGCAGUGUCGGCAGGUCGCAAGGCCGCGCGUUGCUGGUGCAUGUGUGCGUGACCUUGUCCGUCAGGCUGUGCGUCAGCUCUCGUCAGGCGCACCGCGCUGUUGACAGGAUAUUUGGAGAAAGGCUGCGGCGUCAACCUCAUCGCCACGCAAGUAAUGAAUAGCUGGGGGACCCGAGACAAGCGCGACUUGGUGAGUUUAGGACAAAACAAGAACACUUGUAGACUCCUCCGCCAACUUGACUUGCCUGCUUCUCUUGUUCACCGCCGUCACAUGCUGGCUCGCGUGGACAGGGUCUUCCUCUUAUUUCUACCGUUAUUUGUGACGCUUACUUGCAGUCUGUUCACCUAACGACUUUUUAAACACCCAAGUACACAGGAGGGCAGUGACGACAGCUUGUCGCAAUCAAGCUCGCACGUGGAGGGUCACAACAGCACGUUGGUCAGCACCCCGGCCCCGGCCCCGUCCACUACUACCACCGCCAGCAAGUCACCCAAGGGCCGGCGCAAGUUGCGCAAGUCUCGCCGCGAGUGGGAGAUUCUCGAGGGACUGCGUGAUGGUCAGAAGUGCGAGGACAAGCCCGACAAGUACCAAGGCUACCUGAUGAAGCGCCGCAAGUGGCCCAUGAAGGGCUGGCACAAGCGGUUCUUCGUUUUGGAGAAAGGGAUACUGACCUAUGCGAAGUCCCCGAGUGAUAUCCAAAAGGGAAAGUAUCAUGGAAUGAUAGACAUUGGGCUGGCAGUCAUCACCUACAAGUCAGGUGGCUUCCACAUGGAUAUUGAUGCAGAGGAACAGGUCUAUCAUGUCAAGGUAAAAGGGAAGAAUGCAUUUGAGGAGUGGUUGACUCGUCUUCGACAUCACCGAUUGUAUCGUCAGCAUGAGAUUGCCUAUGGCACAAAGGAAACACCUCGGCUCACUGAAGUCACUUCACCUGCAGAAGAUGCACCACUCCCUCCUCUUGCAUCUGCUAACUUGCCAGAGCUGGCCCUUAAAGAGCAUCUCAAGCGGGACAUCAUACGGCAAUCCAGCAUCAAAACCAGCAGUCAGGGUAGAGUGGCUGCCUGGGUGUUGGAUACUGCUGGCUUUGAACAUUGCAAUAAAAGUCUUGGAGAGGCACAGAACCAGAUCUGUCAACUGCAUGAAAUCCUGGAGCAAAUACGCAACCUGCCAAUAGUCACAGAUCCCACCAUCAUUGAGCGCCCUGCCAGCCACUGUGUAGAGAGUAGCGAGCGAAAGAAACGCGGGCUUGGUCUCCGCUCCAGUAAACACAAAGAUAGGAAAAAUAGCUCAUCUAGUAUCAGGGACAGUGACAACAACAACAGCAGCAGCAGCAAUUCCUUAGGGCUGCCUAUGGAUCGAAUCCAUGCAAGUGCAUCAAAUCCAAACCUUGUCCAUUCAACUACUACUGACAGCAGUGCCUCCAAGUCAGACUGUCCUUCAACAGCAGCUCAUGAGAUACGGAUACAGGAAAUUCGGCUAAGGGAAAACUUUAUUGGCACUGCUGAGAAUGUCCACAAGCAGCUGAAAGGGCUCCAGCGAAUGAUGUUCACAGAGCGAGAACGCCUUAAGAGGUCACUGGAACUUGAUUCGAGCAUUACUUCAAGUCAUGCUGCAAAUGCUCUUCGACAAGCAUUAACAGAAAGUGACAUUUCUUUUCAGGCCCAGCGUCAGAACCAAGACUUUCGUUCAAGGUUGGCAAAAAUACAUGCAGACUCUGCUAUGCCUGACCUACCACCUGUGACUAUCACAUCACCAGUUACUUCCCCACAGAUUGACAGAGAGCGGGUAACUCUAGCUCAGUCAAUUUCAGGAGAGAGCUUCUCUUUGUCAGAGUACUACGAUGCUGAGGAAAACAUAGAAACCAUCAGUGAUUCCUCUUCAGAGCCCUCUGAUGAUGAGAUCUCUAGUGAAAUCUCAGACGAAGCCAACGAUGUGGCUGUCAGUGUGACUGAUGAGCCAGGCCAUGUUAUGUGCGCCACUGGACGACGCUCUAAACUACCAGUGCCACGCCCACAAAUGCCAGACAUCAGUCUCUGGAACUUGCUGUAUCGAAACAUUGGCAAAGACCUGACCAAAAUCUCCAUGCCUGUCACACUAAAUGAGCCACUGAGCAUGCUGCAGCGGUUGUGUGAGGAGCUGGAGUAUAGCGAGCUGCUGGACAAAGCUGCAGACUACGACGACCCCUAUGAACGCAUGAUCUAUAUUGCUGCAUUUGCUGUCAGUAGCUAUGCCAGCUCUUACUAUCGUGAAGGACACAAACCAUUCAACCCUAUCCUGGGAGAAACGUUCGAGUGCAUUCGUGAAGACAAGGGCUGGAGGUUCAUGGCUGAGCAGGUUAGCCAUCAUCCACCCAUCUCAGCCUGCUACUGUGACUCCCGCAAUUUCCGCUUCUGGCAAGAUGUCCGGAUUAAGACCAAGUUUUGGGGAAAGUCUAUGGAAAUCCAACCUCUGGGCCAUGUUCAUGUUGUUUUGCCGAAGUAUCGGGACCACUACAAGUGGAACAAAGUGACAACAUGCAUUCACAAUCUGCUGGGUGGCCAGCGGUGGGUUGACCAGUAUGGGGAAAUGACCAUCACUAAUGGCAACAUCGUCUGCAAACUCACUUUCACUAAGGGUGCCAACAGCUACUCAUCAAAACGCUACGAAGUUUAUGGUAGUAUAAUGUCAUCAGACGGAAAGAUUGUCCACAAUUUGUUUGGCAAAUGGAAUGAAGCCCUAUUCUGUGGACAUGCAACCUCAGCCAGGUGCAUCUGGCGGCCUGGUGCCAUGCCUGCAGAUCAUGAGUUGUACUAUGGGUUUACCAGAUUUGCAAUUGAAUUAAAUGAGCUUGACAUGGAACAAGCUCGAUUUCUUCCACCAACAGACUCUCGUUUUAGGCCAGACCAGAGGUUAAUGGAGGAGGGCAAGAUCCAAGAAGCAGAAAUUGAGAAAAAUCGACUUGAGAAUCUCCAACGGGAGCGCCGGAAAAAGGCUGAAGAAAUGGGGCAUGACCAGCAGUCUCGAUGGUUCAAGAAGACAAUGCAAGAUGGAAAGGAGAUGUACGAGUUCACAGGAAAAUACUGGGAAGCUCGAAAGGAUCCUGGCUUCACUAAAAUGUCUUUUGUCAAGAUCUUUUGAUAAGGUGUCCAAGUUGGAAAAAGUUGCUGUGUGUUUACAAGAAAGCACUCACCUCCUUUGCUAGGUAAUGCCAUCUGUAGCACUAGUGAAGACUAAUACAUUUACCAUGACAUUAAGCCUUGGGCAUGAAAAUUGCUUGAUGCCCCAGACAAGAUGCAAGUAUUAUUGAAUAGCGUCGUGAUGAAAUGUCUUCCGCAUACAAGUAGGGCUUGUGAGAUGCACCAUCAUUCAGAGGAGGUAAUGCUGACCAGCCAGUUCCCAUGUGUAUGUCUGGGUAGAUAUUUACCCAUCCUCUACAGAAAAAUUUCACUGAAACAUGCAGCAAAAAGCAACAGCAGUAUCCUUCAGCUUGAGCAGCCUUGUGGGACUGAUGCUAAUAAUACAGUUUUGGGGGACGGGUGACAUGCAUUAUGCAUGCUGGUUUGUUUUGUUAUUUUAAACCACGAACUAUGGAAUAGUAGUACCAUUUAAAUGCUUUAUAGAGUGGGCUUUUAGAAAUGUUACAGAAACUGGUAUUUUAGAUGGGGAUUGUUUAGGAUUGUGCGUGUGCACAUGCAUGCAUCCCAUGUCUCUGCAUUAGCAUAUUUGCUGUUGACAGUCCUGUUUCCAGAUUUUCUCAUGUCUACUUUUAUCUCCCCUGGCAUAUCUCUAGUUCCCCCCCCCCAAAAAAAAAAGAGAGGAUCCACACAAUUUAUUCACUUUUUUUGGUUUAUCUUUCAGGCAAAAUCUAAUGGGAUUGCUUUUCAGAUUUGGUCAAAGAUACUGUUUAAUAAAUGUUUUUAGUACUUAGCUAGCUUAGUUUGACACAAAGAUUCAGCGAGAAAAGUAAAAACAUUAUCUGCAGUUUUUGACAUGUCCAGCAGAAAUGGUUUGCUCCAAGGCAGUUGUGUGAGAUGUGCUUUGCUGUUUACUCUUCUGGUUUAUUAAAUGAGACUAAGAAGGCUGAUGAAAAGUUGCUCAUCUUGAGCACUUUAUAGAUUGUACGAUCAGUACAAGUCUUGUCCAGUCUCAGAAACUGUGCCAUGAAAGUGGCUUGGCCACUUUAGACAGCACAGA